ACUGUCCUGCUCAACAAGGCAGUGAGGACCAUCCGGUGGAGAGGGUCCUUCCACGAGGAAGGGGACAAGGCCAGGGAUUUCCCCGUCCGGGUGGAGUGUGAGGACGGAGACGCCUUCCUCGCUGACCACAUCAUCAUCACUGUCCCGCUGAGUUUCCUCAAGGAACGCCACCAGGACUUCUUCCAGCCUCCCCUGCCAGAGCGGAAAGCGGAGGCCAUUCGCCGCCUGGGUUUCGGCACAAACAACAAGAUCUUCCUGGAGUUCGAGCAGCCUUUCUGGGAACCCCAGCAGCAGUUCCUUGAAGUGGUGUGGGAGGACGAGUCGCCCCUUGAGGAGCCCAGCGCUGACCUGGAGGCCAACUGGUUCAAGAAGCUCAUUGGAUUUGUGGUCCUGCAACCGCCAGAGCAGCACGGGCAUGUCCUCUGCGGCUUCAUUGCGGGGAAGGAGUCGGAGUAUAUGGAGACGCUGAGCGACGCGGAGGUUCUCGGCACCAUGACACGUGUCCUCCGCAUGCUGACAGGGAACCAGCGCCUGCCUGCUCCCAGGAGCGUGCUCAGGUCCCGGUGGCACAGCGCUCCCUACACUCGGGGCUCCUACAGCUACGUGGCCAUCGGCAGCUCGGGGGACGACAUCGAUGUGCUGGCUCAGCCCCUGCCCGAGGACCCCGAGGACCCCAGGCCUGCAGCUCCUCUUCGCCGGCGAGGCCACCCACCGCACCUUCUACUCCACCACCCACGGGGCCCUGCUGUCCGGCUGGCGCGAGGCCGAGCGGCUCAACCAGCUCUUUGAGGCACCCAGCCCCGCUCCUCGGCUCUGAGGCAGGAAAAUAAAAACCA